ACGGGCACAGCCAGUCAGUCGUGCCCAAAUCAACGCCAAGUGUGGCCAGAGACGCAAGGACACGACAUCGGGGGCACACUGGUCGCUUCGCUAGUCGGCCAGCGACGAUCAUGAGUCCGCUCGAGUUGGCCAACAUGCCCGUCACGUUGACUCCCCGCUGGGCUACACCGAGCCACACGCCAUUCAUCGACACUACCCUUUGGACUCUCACGUCCGUGGCUGUCAUAUUCCUGGCCCUGCGCUUAUGGACCCGGAUCAACGCCAACAGGACCCUGUUCGCCGAUGACUGGCUUCUCAUCGCCGCGACUGUCCUGCUCCUUGGUCAUGCCCCUCUGAUCUGCUGGUACACUCGCGUCCUCUUCGACGAGGACAUCGACUUGCGGCUGUAUUCAUACCUUGCCGAGACCAACGUCAUGUUGUAUUCGUUGACGCAAGCUCUAAGCAAGACAUCGAUCGCCGUGGUUCUUACACGAUGCACUUUCGGCUGGUGGAAAUGGACGACGUGGGCCCUGACUGGCCUCGUCUGUGCUAUGCUACUUCCUCAUGCCAUCCUCGGCUUCGCCAUCAUCUGCGACCAGAACCCUCUGUACGCGCAGUGGGCCAUCCCAGGUCCCUGCAUCGAGUACCCGAAGCUCAAGAACUUCAAGAUUGCCAUCCAGGUGGUGUCAAUCAUCAUCGACGUCUGGUUCACGUUGUUACCCUGGAAGAUUGUGUGGAAGCUCAAACUCAAGACCACCGAGCGAUUUGGCUUCGCUUUCGCCAUGAGUCUUGGUACUGGCACUUGCGUUGUCGGUAUUUACCGACUUUACCAGUGGCUGAACCUGAGCACCCUCGACCCCAAGGACGUUACUUUCACCCUCUGGAACUUCACCGAGCCCGCCGUCACUGUGAUUGCGGCAUGCCUACCUGUGCUCCGCGUACCAGCCCUUGCCUUCAUUCGCAAACUCAAAGGACAACACAGUACAGCCGCUGGCGGCACCAGUCAUUCCCAACAUCCCCACAAUGGCUACAUAAAAUCCAUGUCACGCAGGCAGAGCGGGGAAUGGCCGCUGCGGGAAUCGUCCGGUGCAAGCCAGCGAAGCCUUGGAGACAUCGUAGUCAAGCAGGACUUUGUGUUGCAAACGGAGUCCAUGGACCUGGAAGAUCUGAAAGGUGUCAAGGCAACAUACAAGCCAUGUUGAAGAGCAUAGUCAUUAUCUCCAGCCGUCGACAUAUACCUUCUAUACAUACAGUCUCCAAUCUUGGCCAGUGAUAAGUCCAGGGCACGCGGUACGCUGUGAUGACGCAUGUACCUAUCGUUUCGGCGUGUGCAAUCAUGGUCAACCAAAGCGGCCACUGAGCUAUGGAAGUUUCAUGAACCCCAGUCACGGUGGAUCGAUUUAGGACUUCCACCAAUCAAUAUGGAAUCCAGGGGUAGUCCGAAACCCGAGACACCUUACCAUGUCCGACCGCAGUGUAUUCAUCAUCGGUCAUUGCACGACCGGGGUUGUCAAA